GCCGCUGUCGCUCUGCUCGUGUCUGUUCUGGUGCGAAUCCCGGCCGGGGCAUUGUGCAGGCGAUCUACCUACCUUACGGCAAGACACAAGCAGUCCUCUUCUAGGUAUUCGUGGCGGCCGCAGCCAGAUCUCGAUGCGAAAGAGACCCAGGACCCUGACAUCAGCAAGCGUGGCCAUUCACCACGCUUCGUCCAUGCUGACAAGUACCGCGACUUUGCAAGUACCGCUGGGCGGACGCCUCUGUCUCUCAUCGGGGAAAUAGGAGGAAACAAUGUGGCCGUGGCCCGUAUUCCCACACAAAACUGCGUUUUUCCUCCCACCUCGAUGCUUGAGUCGGACGAAGAUGAGUCCUCUGGGAAGUGA